AUGAAUAAUGAUGAAAAAGCUCAAGAAAAGAAUCAAGAUUAUUCAACUACAAAAGAAAUAGAAUUAAAUAGAAUUCAAAAAAUGCAUAUGGUCUUUUUAAAUAAAAUGAAUCAUACCGUUUUCGAGAUUCAGAACGAGUUCAAAAAGAUUGUGACAAGAUGGUUCGAGCUUGACGAGGAAUAUGAUCUUAUAGUUGAUUUGUUAAAGAAGACUGGAGAUAAAAAAUAUUUGUUUGUUUCUAAACAUUCGAUCGAUGUUAUCAUCCUAUGCCUCUUUCGGGUGAAAACGAUUGUUAUUGAGUUUAAAAGAAAUAAAAAACGAUUCGGAGAAUAUGACGUGAUUGAUUUUGGUAAAAUAUGUAAAAAGAUGAGAUCUAAUGGUGUUGCUGUAUCAAAUUUUUAUUAUACAAAUUCAGCAAAGAAGAAGGCGAAAGAACUUGUAAUUUUAUUGUUAGAUCCUCAACAAGAUUUACGAUCUCAUAUUGGAGUUGUCGAAUCUGGAAGCGAGAUAUCAGAAAAUGAAGAAAUCGUUCAGAUGAAGAAUGAAGAAAAUGGGUACGUUGAAACCGAGAAAGGGAUAAUGGAAUCUGAAGACGUAAUCUUGUGUUUUAGAGUUUUACAAAGAAAUAGAUUUAAAAAUAUUGUUGAUUAA